GAGCGGCGCGCCCGUCUGUCUGUUUGCAGCCGUCGGGGCCCGGGCGCCCCGCGAUGAGCAGCCCCGAUGCGGGCUACGCCAGCAGCGAGGAGCAGGCGCAGGGCCGGGGCGCGCUGCCCGCCAUGAUGCCGGCCCUGGGCCCGUGCCCCUGGGCGGAGGCGCUGAGCCCGCCGGGCGAGGCCAAGGCGAAGGGCGAGACGGGCACGACGGGCGGGCGCGGCAAGGGCGAGGCGCGGAUCCGGCGCCCCAUGAACGCCUUCAUGGUGUGGGCGAAGGACGAGCGCAAGCGGCUGGCGCAGCAGAACCCGGACCUGCACAACGCCGAGCUCAGCAAGAUGCUGGGUAAAUCGUGGAAGGCGCUGUCGCUGGCGGAGAAGCGGCCGUUCGUGGAGGAGGCGGAGCGUCUGCGGGUGCAGCACAUGCAGGACCAUCCCAACUACAAGUACCGGCCGCGGCGGCGGAAGCAGGUGAAGCGCCUGAAGCGUGCGGAGAGCGGCUUCCCGCAGCACGGCGCGGCCGAGGCGGCGCCGCCGGCGUUGGGCUCCGACGGAGGCGGCAUCGGGACGUGCGCCGAGAGCCUGGCGCUGCCCUACGCGGAGCGCGGCUACGCGGCGGGGCCGGGGCGCUAUCGGGACUGCCCGCCGCUGGGCGCCGCCUUCGACGGCUUCGGGCUUCCCACGCCGGACCCGUCCCCGCUGGACGCGGCGCACGGCGAGGCGCCGUUCUUCGCGCCGGGGCCGCACGACGAGUGCGCGCCGGGGCCCUACGUCGGCUACGGCCCGGCGGCGGCUGCGGCGGGAGACUUCUCGGCGGUGGGAGCGGGCGAGAGCCCCGCGGGGGCGGCGCUGCGGCGGCACCACCAGCACCCGCACCAGCACCCGCACCCCGCUGCCGGCGAGCUGGGGCCGGGCGGCCCGCUGCAGGGGCUGCUGGGCUGCCCGGCGCCGCCGCACUACUACGGGCAGCUGUGCCCGGGCCGCGGCCCGCCCGCUCCCGUGCCCGUGGCGCUGGGCGCGCAGCCGUCCCCGCCGCCCGAAGCCGCGGCGUGCCGGGAGCCGCUGGAGCACUUGCCGCAGGAGGAGCUGCUGGGCGAGGUGGACCGCAGCGAGUUCGAGCAGUACCUGCGCUUCGCCUGCAAGGCCGAGCUGGGGCCGCCCUUCGCGGGCCACGACGUGGCCGGGCUGGCGUCGCCCGAGGCCGCGGGGCCGCUUUCCGCCGUGGUGUCGGACGCUAGCAGCGCCGUCUAUUACUGCGGCUACGCCGACGGCUGAGGGCUGCGGCGGCGCCGAAACUCCUCGCUCCUGUUUCUGUAAUUUAUUGGACUCUUCUCGGGACGUUUUCGACAAGCCCGUCGGGGUUGGAAGUGCCGUAAGCGAGUAGCCUUGUUCCCAGGUGAUCUCGCACUGGCAUGCCUGUGUGGCUGCACUUCAGUUGUCAUCCAUACCCGAAAUUAGCAUCUUCCCUGCUGCAUUGGUGCUGUUACUGUCUGCACGGUUUCCUCAGCUGAUUUUACCUGUACUCUAUUUAUAGUUUUUUUUUUUUUUUUUUUUUUUAUACUUAGGAUAAUAAAUGGCUGUACAGCUCUUUCUGUCAUUUUGUUUGGUCCUACGGUCCUGUAGGGAGACGCAGCGGCAACAAAAGCUGUCAUGUCUUGAGGUGGAGUGAGGGAAUUGCCGGUGCCGUGUCAUGCUUCAUUGCCAUAACAGUUUCACUGAAGACGUUCGUCUCUGAUGUAGCUGCGUUCCUGUUCCAGCGCUGUGUGGAUGGAGCUGUGCCGACGUGUCUCCUCAAAUCAGACAUUAUGUGACCAUGCUGAGUUGAGAUUUUAUGUUGAUUUGAUUUCUGUUUUCUAAUUGCUAGUUGGAAUUUAUGAUUGUCAUUAAAUGCACUGGGGAAAAUAUCCUGCCCUGAGCUGUCAUCUGUGACAGAAGGAUCCAGGUAAAUUUGAGAUGCUGCUUUUAAAGGAACUUGUCGAAUGUAGAUGCCUGCAGACUCAAAGGUGAUUUUGCUUUACAUAGCGUUUCCUGCCAACUGUUUGCAACAACUCAUAAAUGACAUCUAUGCUGCAUUUUCACGUGCUCUCACUUUCUGUCACCUACCCCUGAGUCAAUGAAGGUUCUGUCUGUUAGGCUUCAGAUUUCCUCUGGUAGGGUGUGGGAUGCCCACAUGCUCAUCUCAGUUGCUCUCACCCAACUGCUCACAUCCAUUACCCGUUGAGGCAGGUGCUGCUUCACUGUUUGUUAUGCCCCUGUGAGGUUUUUUGCCAUCGUUAAGAAUGGAGCUACACCCCUGUCUCACUAUAACUGUGCUUAUGCAGAAAGCAUCCAUGAUGCUUUUGGUGAUGCUUCCCAUGGGAAGACGUUGGCCAGGGCCAACUGGUAUUGACUAAUUAGAAUGUCAGAGACAUUAAUUCAUAAGUGAUGCUUGAAAAGUGCUAUCACUGACAUCUAUAAUAAAUAAUUUCAGCUAGAAAUACUUUAUUUUGCACUAGAUUUUUAGUUUGCUGAAUUGUCAUUGAAGAAAUCCAGCCAAGACUCUGAUUAUGUAAUCCAUGCUUAGCUUUGUAAAACUUAUGGUAACUUUGGUCUAUUAUAAUGGCCAUUUGCUGAACACCUGUCACACAUACAAAAGAUCAGCUGAAUUAUUUUCAAAUAAUCUUGUAACUGCAUACUUGAGCAAAGUGUGUUGUACUUUGGAGAAGUCAUUUUAUGUAGUUCGGAGGAAAUCCUGGUUCUGUCCACUCCAGUGGAGUUGGGUUUUCAGAACUUUGUGUGUCUGUGAAAUUGAAAAAGCUCAUCUGCAGUUGCUGUAAUUAUGUAGACCUUUAAUUGUAGCAAACACAAAAUGUAGUUCUCCGAAGUAUCAUUAAAUCGCCUUAACCUUGAGGUGACCAUUUUUCUGCCUCCUUUGACCUUCUGGUGCUGGUUCCUUUUUCAUUUGCUGUUUGCCUUUUUCUUAGACCUUUGUUCACCACCUGCAUUAAUUGAAGCAGAAACUGAGGAAUGCCUCAUCAAACACAGCAUGUAUCCCAUCCUGUUAAAAGAGCCUGUGUUUGGCCUGAGACAAGGUGAAGAUUAAGAAACAAACAUUGUCAGUGGGUUUUUGAGUUAAAAGUUGAGGACAGCUGGGGAUGUGCAGUAAUUGGCUUGAUUAUUGUUUACAUAAUGAAGCUGUUACUUCAGCAUCUUUGCUUUUGCUAUAGUUUCCUUCUACUAUGUUCUUUGCCUAGAUGAUAUUCCUGUUGUUGUGCAAAUUUGCUUUCUUCCUUUUGUGUAAUAUCUCUAACAUUCCUACUGAGUUUGUACAUCUUUUUUUUCUAUUCAUAGAAUCAUAGAAUUGCUCAGGUUGGAAAAGACCUUAAAGAUCGUAGAGUCCAACCACAACCUAACCAUACUACCCUAACAACCCUCUGCUAAAUCAUGUCCCUGAGCACCACACCCAGUUUUUAAACCCAUCCAGGGAUGGUGACUCAACCACCUCCCUGGGGAGCCUAUUCCAGUGCUUAACAACCCUUUCUGUAGAGAAGUUUUUCCUAAUAUCCAACCUAAACCUCCCCUGGUGCAAUGAGGCCAUUUCCCCUCAUCCUGUCACCCAUCACCAGUGCGAAGAGACCAACCUGGCUCUGGCUGCAAUCACUUUCAGGAAUUUGAAGAGAGCAAUAAAGUCUUCCCUCGGCCUCCUUUUUCCCAGGCUAAACAGCCCCAGUUCCUUUAGUCACUUCUCCAGAGUCCAAGAUUUUUUCCUUUGUCUGAAAUCUGUUCAUAUGCUGUCCCCUUUCUGUAAUUGCAUCUCUCCUCCUUAGUGUAAUCCUGAUUCUCUUCCUGCCCCAUCUGUGCCCUCCUUCUAAUGCAUGACAUCCCUUCAUCUCUUCUGUUCUUUUGCUGUGCUGGAUGGUAGUUUCAUUAUGAGCUUCUUCUCUUGCUUUCCUGCUUCACAUCUCAUGCCCCAGUGUUCCUCAUCACACGUUUUGGUUUUUAUAGAUUCCAUUCUGGAUUUUCACAGAGGACAAUGCCAAUCACAUCUUUGACACUGAGCUUUGACACUGAGCUGAUGCCUACCCUGGACUGAAUAUUAAAUUGUACAGCAAAAUGUUUUUAGGUUCAGUUUAAUUUCUUUGAAAGAACAAUUUUAUUUUCAAAAGUGUAUGGUGUUAUUGGACUCUCCUGUACUCUUCUAUAGCCAGCUGUUUGAGAUGGAAAAUCUGUGGUCCAAAUACGUUACUGAGGAUAAAGACAACUGACAUUGUGUUCUUGAACUGGAAGGUCUGAGGACAUCUGCGUCUGUAUCGUGUUCAGCAUCAGCUGAGCAUUGUACUUGUGCAUUGGACUAUUUCUGAGAGAUUUCUGAGGGCACUGAUUUAGGAACUGCAAUGUAAUUUAGCUUUUGUACUGCUUCAAGCAUAACAUGGGUAUUUUUCAAAAAAUCCUACAUAGGGAUAAUCCAGUAUGUCUUGUGUUCACAGGCUACACUGAGCAUGGUGAAGAGCUUCCCUUGUACAGCCUGGGUGCUCAGCUGCUGUGUGUGGCUGGGGCUUGCACCUGCAGAACCAACAGGAAUGCUGUGGGAGGCGCAGACCAGAGCAUGAGUCCUCCACUGUACUCCUUGUGGUCCUGCUGCACAAUGAGGGCAUGCACCUAUGUGUAUUGUACGUGCCAGUGUCUGGUGGUUCCAACUGUCCCAAGGAAGAAUCAGAGCACAUUUCUGGAAUUUUUAAAGAGAUUAUGAUUUCUUCUGUCAUGAUGAAAGAAGGGUCAUCCUCUUUUCAAGCCACUGUAUCUUCAGUCCAGUCCAGUAAAUGGGAAAUCUGGAUAUGGAUGCUCUUAAAUGCUUUAAUCGUAUAUAUAAAAUAACUUUAUUUGAUUUUUAUUACCUAUUUUAUUUUAUUUUUAUAGAGGCCACAUUAUUUUGUUUACAUAUUAAUGUAGCAAAAUUGAUAUUGUUCCUUUUGCAAACAUUCUUUAAACUAUUGAUUUACCUAUUGAAAAGCUUAGCCAUUCUUAAAUGAAUGUGGAUAUUUAGAUAAGGGAAAUGCAAGAAGUGUUUUAGCAACCAAAAUGCUAAUGGCUGUAUGCUGAAUGAUUACUAAUCAGAACUGAUAGAUACAUUUUAAAUCCAGGUACAGUAUGAGCUAGAUAAACCUAGGCUAGUAGUGGAAUAAAGCCAAUUUAACUUAGUCAGCAUAGUCCUAAAUGAUGAUUAAUUUAUUCUUCUUGUCAGGGAAAUUUAUGAAUAAGCCCUGGCUUACUCCAGUGAUUUAAAAAUAUAUUUAGUUAAAUGAGUGCAUGAUUGUGUAGAAACAGGGGAUUUCUCUGGGAUGUUUUACUGCUCAUGGAAGGCUUUCUGUCUGGAAAUCAAUUAGUACAUUGUAACAUUGAUUUUUUUUUUGAGGUUAAGUGCAGUUUUAAGGUGUCUGCCUUAGACAUAAUUAAAGCAUUAAUGCAUUUUACUCUACGUGUCAUUUCCAUUUGAAAGUGCCACAACUCUUAGAGUAUUGGCUAAGGCUGAAAAUAAAAACAAAAAAAGAAACUGAACCACAAAGGUUAUGCCGUAUCACCUGACAUAAAUGAAACAGAUCACUCAUGAGCAGUCAUGAUCAGUCACUGACAAACGCUGAAGUAGGUUUUGGAAACAACAUUCAUUAAAAUCAAAUUUCAUCAUGUAGCUGUUUAAAGUAGGAUUUCACCGUGUUCUUUGUAUUUAAUAAGUGAUGAUUCCGAGGAAAUAAAUUUCCAUCUUUUUCCUUAUCAGAGAGAAAGCUUGUUUCAUGGGGCAUUCUACAGAGUUAUCAGGGGAAUAUAGUUAUUGUUCGCAUAGAGGGUGGCAGCUCCAUUUACCCACAGAGAAUAUAUUUAGGUACCAGCAAUCUUGGGUUCCUUCCAAGGCAUUGUGGAGUUACACUGCAGUGUCUGAUUUACUUUAAAGCUUCUUGUUACAGUUUAGGAGCAGAAUUUAUCCUGCACACAUCCUGUUUAAAACAAA